GUUUUUUUUUGUCAACGAAAAAAGGUAGAUUGUAUACCGUGGAAGUACAGUUAAUACAGCCAGAUAACUGGACACUAUAGCCUUCGUCCGGAAAUCGACAAGAAACUGGGCUAAAUUUAAAGGUGUGAGGUCUUAAAUGUUGGCCACAACAUGAGUUGAGCUGAUACACUUGUUCUUUACUUUCUAAAUUACAUUUGCUUUAUGAAAUGUUUCCUUUCGCAAGUGAAUGGUUACGUGUAAUUGCAAUUUUGAUUGCAUUUUGCAACGAAGCUACUUGAUUUUACUCAGUUGGUCGCAAUAACCUUUUGUUUUUCUUGCUUUAACUUACCCUUCGUGUUCAAAUAACUUGAAGAUAAAAAUCGCUUCGAGUAACAAUAGUGAUUACUUAUGAAUAUUUCUGUCAUUUUGAAUUUAAAACAAUUGGUUGCAUUUUGCAUUGUGAAUUUGCACUUCAACCUUGGGUUAUUUAGAAAAGUGGCACUUAGUUGAUUUAAUAAGUGUUAGGGUUUUUAGUUCCUAGCUUGCAGAUUGUCUCGUGGUGAAAUUUACGCCAAUGGGUUUUCAGAUUUCUUAUUUGGAUAAAGUUGGCUGUUUAAAAGUCUGCUUCGCAGUUGUAUUAAAAGUACAACAAACUGUGAAACUAUUUUUUUUCUAAUUUUUGGGUGUUUUUUUACGUAACAGUUUAUCAAAGAAGGUUGUGACUGAAUUUUUUAACAUCUUCUGGCAACUGUUGUAUUCUUUUUUUUAACUGUGCGAGGCGACAAUUCAUUCGUUGUUCAAGUUUCGGCUCCAUAAUUGGAGCUAGAUUACCAAACCCUCUAACGCAGCUGUUGAAUUAAUCCCUCUGCUGUAUUGUGAGUCACAACACAAUAAGAUCCUCGAUUGGAAGAUUAUCCAAAACAUCUGCAUUUUGAACACGUUUUGUUAACUUGUAAGUAAAAGUACGAAUAAAUUCAGGAGUGGGGUUUUAAUCAGAAUGUUCCGGGCUGGUUAAUAUAAAUAGCUGAAUCAGUUACUCAUUCCGAGAAUCAAUAAAAUUUGUAUUUACCUAACUGGAUACUCUUUUUAUCAAUUCAUGCUGACAACUCUUCAUUUUUAUUGACACUUUGUUCUCAUUUUAACAAUUUUAGUUAACGCUGGGGUUUUAACGCCUCCUUAGUGGUUAAAAAAGCUCGUUAUUAACCAAAAAAGAACGAAAAAUGGCCUCAAAUAAAACAUACGUUACUUACGACUCGAUUCCACCCGAAGCUAUUUCCACAGCCACCAAAUCGCGACUCUUGAGGAGCUCAACUAUGAGUCACAAUCGACCAAUAGGAAUCGAGCAGCACACAAUGCAGAGACCUCUGAGUCUAUCGCAGAGCAACUCUCCUCUUAAUACGCAUAAGUUUGUGAGAGUUCAGUCUCUUGACAGAAAAGUGAGUAGCACCGGAACAUCUGAGCUCGAUCGACAAGCCCAGCAGAACCAGGUCCGAAUCCAGUCUAUUCUAUCCAACCCAAUUCCAAACAACAACAGCAAUAACCCAAACAGCAGUCCCUACCCCCAGAACAAGACCAGUGUAUCGGGUGAUUCUCCGGCAUCUCAGUUGUACAAUUUUCCCUCCUCGGGUUCCAGUGGUAUUUCGACGACAUUCGCCACCUGCCCGGCCAGUGUACCGCCACUGAUGUUUCCGAGGUGUUCGAAUGAGGGUGACGUGGGGGUGGUUGAGUUGGCGAGGAGGGAGUCGCAGCACUUUCUCCACAACACAGACAUCAUUGUCAGUCAGAGGGAUGAGAUGCGACAGCUGUCCAAGGAUCUAGUCAGCCAGGCCAAAGACGCGGCAGAAAAACUGGAGAAGACGCAGGCUUCCUUGCGCACUUUCUACUCCACCCUGGGCAAGAUGGCAGACCACUUUGGCAGGUCAUACACUGGCAACAGAGAGAUAGGCCAGGAACUCAUUCGGCUUACUGCCAGACACAAAGAGGCAUGUGACAUUCUGAAUGACGUCACCACAGCCUUCAGACGCUUCUCCGGACACACAGCCGCCUCAUCAUCCAGAUCCGGAAGUCCCGCGGAUUCCUCUGGACAUAAUGCCAGUGUGAUAGACCGGGUGUCUAAGCAGUUCCAGAAGGAGUGUGAGAGUGCGCGGAAGGAGAAUGAGGAGCUGAAGAAGAGUAUGGAGGACAUGGGACAUAAGUAUGGAAGCAGCAUCCAGAGUGGCAGGAAACUCAGCACUGGCAAAGUGAAACGAAUGGAUGCCAACGAAACCAACAAAUACCUCAACAAAGCCUCGCGGUCCAAAGAACUCUUCAUCUCUUCACUUAUGCAACAGCGCAAAUUCAUGUGUGUAUUCUGCGCUUCAGUCUGCGGAAUUGUAGAUCACGAGUUACGAAUGGCCGAAAAGUUGUCGGGAUGCGAGUCAAUUUAUUGCAACCUUGUUAAAAACAUUACACACAUAGACAGAUUACCAGAAAAUGCGAUAAACGAUAUUAAAGUUGCGGGACAAGUCAGUAGUACAGAUGUCGUGUUCAAGUCGGCAUCAGCAGUUCCGGGGGUGAAUGGCGUUGUCGGGUCGACGAGCGCGGCGUCGGCGACAGAUCCAAAUGGUGUUCCGGCGACAGUGACGCAAUAUGAUUCGAUCAGUCAGACGAGUUCGCUCGGGUCGAGUAGCACCAGUCUGUCUACCAAUGGAAGCACAGAUUCGCCUAACGGAACGUCGGCUUCGUUGACUGACUCAGGUUUCCCAUCUUCCCGAGAAAGUUCUCACGACGAUCCAGACUACCGGGACCCUUCUGCAUACUUCCCCACCACGCGCUCCUCAGCCACCGGAAACAACCAAACUGGAACUAUGAGAGCAUCCGGCACAGCUGCGAUGCAAAAUAUCCACCCUUCCAUGACUCUAAACGUCCAGAUGGGAUCUCAACUUAGUACUAGUCAGUCGAAGUUGUUUAAUGUCCCAGCACCCCCACCCAGAAGGGGGUCAGUUUGCCAACCCCAGUUUGGAAUUCAGUCAAAUGGGGGAGGGGCGAGGGGGAGCGCAGAGAGGAUUGCAUCAGGAGUUCAGCCGGGGUCAAAUGGCGAAAUUGACAGUCAACAGUUCGACGCAGUCCAAAGAUCCUCGUGUCAUUUCCAAAAUGCCAGCAAACCAAACUUCACUCCGGAAUCCAACCAUACGACCAAUACUAGCACCACCAAUAACAGCUCGUGUUCCUCCAGUAUAAUGAGACCCUACUCAACCUCUUCAUCUUCUCUUGGGGUCAGUGGGGGGAUUGGCAGCAGUGUGUGUUCUGUGAGUCAACAUCAACAGCAGAGAAUGAGUCAUCCCGUGUUGCCGUCUAAUAUGACGUCAUCGAACAACUGCAGCAGAAUGGGCUCUUCCUCCCCUAGAUCACCCGGAUCAGAAUCUGUCCCUGGAUACCACUCGUACUCCUCUUCGUCCGGGGACUCCACCACCGGAUGUAGUUCCGAAGACAUCUGGGUGCCACGGGAAGACCUCAAUGUCGCCCGCAAUGAGUCGCCCCAAUCUUGCAUCAGCAAGUCUCAAAGCAGUUCGACUGAUACCUUAGAAGCAACGGACUCCCCCUCUCAAGGUCGAAGACACCGCAUGUCAAGUGACCAAAUCGGUGUUAGCGACUCGUUGAGUUCCUCCACCGAUACCCUCGACGACCCGACUUCCUCGCCGAACAAAUUCGUAUCCUCUUCGUCAAACGCAUUCGGCCCCACGAUGUUAUGUAACUACACUAGAUCGCCGGGUCGAAGUGUCCCUCACUCGAACACGACUCACAACUUCGGCACUCCAAUUCACGAAUCGUCGGUAUCCAACCCGAUUUAUGAACGAGGUGUUUCGGCUGACCCUACAACAAUGUCUAGUCUAUCUGAACCAUCGUCAUCACAUUUUGUUCAACAUCCACAGAAAGAGUUCGUUUCCGACGUCUGCUUGAAGAGCGGAAAUAGCUCGGAUAACGAGCAAAAUUAUACAACGAUAAAACGAAGUCCGAAAUCUUCGGCUUCGGUCGAAAGUUCCGAGCUAGAGUUAAUUGAAAAACCGAAAAACGAAGUGAAAAUGAAUGAUGAGCAAGGUAGAUCGGGAGAAUCGAAUGUUAAACACUUCGAAGAUAGUUUUACGGACGCAGAAGCUAGUGAUUUUAUGAAGCAGCUUAGAAUGAGAAGACAGAAUCUGAACGCAGUUGAUAAAGAUAGUCUUCCAUUCUGGGAUAAAGAUGGGGAAAAAGAAGAAACGUCAGCUGAAAAAUGACAUCUAAACCGGUGUAGAUCAAACAAUUUCUCUAAGAUUGGUUUACGCUAAAUGUUAUUUUUCUUUGUCUAAUAGUUUCUGGAAUUUUUUCAUUCUACUUUGUUCAAGUUGUUAAUUAAUAUUCGAAAUUGAUUAAACAAAUUUUAGGUUACAAGUUUAAGUUUUUUAUAAUGUUAGCUUAUAUCGAUUUAAAUUUAUGAUGCUAUCUUUCUUGUUGAAAAGUUCAAAUUUUGUCUCCAUUAACAUGUCGUUAAUGUACGAGAUUUAUUCUUGCCAAUUUUAUGGGAAGGAAAUUUUCCUGACAGUUCUUCCCGUGACAUUGGGAAGCGAUUUGAUAUUUAAAAAAUGUCGUGAUCUGAUGUAGAUUUUAAUGAUAAUAAUUUGCCCAAUAAUAUUUUUUGCACAAAAAAUAUUUAUCGCCGACUGUAAUUUCCUUAGAUUGCUGAGAAAGUUCUCAAAGUGAUGUUUGUAAUUGAAAAUUGGGACGGCUUUUGCUCAAAGGUCUUCAAAGCGAAAUAAUUAAAUUUUUAUGGUUUU